CCUCCCCUCUCCUUCCACACACCUUCCUAAAGAAAAGGAAAAAAAAAAAAUCAAACUCUUAAUCUCUAAUAUAUAUAUAAAUCUCCCUCAAACCCCAAAAUGAAAAUCCCCAUCAAAAUUAACUCAAUUUUCUCUCAAAAAAAUGGCACUUUUUUCAUCAUCAUCAUCUUCUUCUUCUUCCCAGUCGGAAGCAAUAAUUUCCCCAAGAAAGCUUCGAUCUGACCUCUACUCCUAUUCCUACGGCCAAGAUUCCGAAACCCCAUUAGUGAUCACUGUUCUUUCUUCCCUUAUCGAGAGGAGUAUGGCUCGGAACCAUCGGAUUUCCAAAAACUACUGUACCAAAUCCAAAUGGGCUUCCCGCCGACACUCGGCGCUCGUUUUCGACUCCGGUGAGGCUCCCGACAUGUCGAUUCAGUCGUACUUGGAAAGAAUUUUUUGCUACACCAGAGCUGGCCCUUCUGUCUACGUUGUGGCUUAUGUUUAUAUUGAUAGGUUUUGUCAGCUCAAUCCUGAGUUUCGGAUCACUCUUAGGAAUGUUCAUAGGCUGCUUAUUACCACCAUCAUGGUCGCCUCUAAAUAUGUCGAAGACAUGAACUACAGAAAUUCAUACUUUGCUAGAGUUGGGGGAUUGACAAGGAAGGAGAUGAACCAGUUGGAGCUGGAUUUUUUGUUUAUGAUGGGAUUCAAAUGCCAUGUAAAUGUGAGUGUGUUUGAGAGCUAUUGUUGCCAUUUAGAGAGAGAAGUUAGCAUUGGAGGAGGUUACCACAUAGAGAGGACAUUACGAUGUGCUGAAGAGUUGAAUAACUCUAAACAAAACCAACAAACCACAUUCAAUCAAAUGCCUCGUAUUAUGUUGUAGACAUCGAAUUAAACUUUUUCGGACCAUUUUUUAGUUCAACAAUACGUAAGAUUGGAAGAUUUGAACAUCUAUAUCGAAAAUAUAUAUCUUAAUCAAUUUGACUAUUUUCAUGUUGGACAUUCAAUUAAAGUCGAUGAAGGCCGAUGACGAGUAAAGUCUAUACCUUUUUUUCUUUUUUUC